CUUCACCCGUUCUUUCUCUGAUUCUCGCUGUCCCUCGGCAUUCAUCCACAUUUAGCUCCGAUCGAUCGCGCGGGAAGGAUUUCGCUCGGUACGUUCGGAUGUGCGGCUUCAGGAGGAGAAUCUAUGAGGAGAUCGCCGGCGAGAGAUAAGGCGGUGGCGGUGGAUCACAGGAAUUUCGACGCGGCGACGAGAGGCGGGGGAUAGAUGCCCUACCAGUGGAAUCCGGGAUGGAGCGGCGCGGUGCUCGUGGUUUUCUUUGUAUUUUUCCUGGUGCUUGCGCUGGUUGUUCGCCGGAAAUGGAGGCUCGCGAGGAUCAGGCGUAUGGAGGUCAUGCGCCUUGUGCGGCUCGCGGCAGCGGAAGCGGAGAGGGCCGAGAAGGAGGCGGCAGCGUUUAUAUUUUCGGUAGAAAAACCGGUUUCUGUGGUAGACGGAGGGGGAAUUGGAAUGCAGAAUUGUGCUGUCUGCCAUAACCCUACCACAACCCGUUGCUCACGCUGCAAGGCUGUUAAAUACUGCUCUGGGACCUGCCAAAUCACUCACUGGAGACAAGGACACAAGUAUGAGUGCCAUCCUCCGCUCAUUUUUGAGCACUAUAAAGGCCAACCUAAUGUCUCCGAUUUGAAGGGAGUGGAAAAUGAAAAACCUGAAAUGAGUGGAAAUGGCUUGGGGAUUGAUGGAAAUGGUCAUACUGCCCAUGAUGGUUUUAGUAUUGCUCAAAGUAUUUCUAAUACGGGUGUGGCGCAAUCUGAACCUUCUGUCUUGAUUGACAGAAGGUUGGAUAUGGAAGUAAAGCCAAAUGAUACUAAAGGCCGAGCUAAUAUCUCGAAUUUGAUGGGUGUGCAAGAUGAAAAGCCUGAAAUUAGUGGAAAUGGCUUGGGGAUUGAGGGAAAGGGUCAUGCUACCAGUGGUGGUUUUUAUGUUGACCAAAGUGUUUCUAAUACGGUUGAGGCACCCUCUGAACCACCUGUCUUGGUUUUCAGCAGGUCAGAUAUUGAAGUAAAGCCAAAUGAUGCUAAACGUUUGGAAACAUUUUCCACAAUGCCCGUGUCUUCAGAAUCUAAUAUAACUUCAAAAGUCCACAGUGAGAAUGGAGAGGAUGGAGAGAAGCAUUUUAUGAAUACCUCUAAGAAAGGUUCAAUAAUUGAUCCCUUAUCUUCUAGCUUGUCCACAAUUUCUGGUCGUGUGGAGAUGCUUGAUAAUGCAUCUUGUAGUGAGGGCCUCCCAAGAGGACAGCAUGCUGAUGCAAAUGCUCAUGAUAGACUGGAUGAAGUUUUUCCAGGUAGUUAUCCUGAUAGACACAAAACUUCAGUUACUGAUUCUGGUCAGCCGAACCUACCGACAUUUCCACAUACUACAACUACUGCAGGCUCUUUGAGUUAUGCAUCUUUCUCAAGUGACUUACAGCCACAUUUAACGCAUGUAAACCAUGAAACUGAGUUCAAAUUGAGUGCUCCUUCAAAUAUGAAUUCUCCUAGCCCUGAUAAAUCUAUAGAUGCUAGGAUAAGCAAAAAUGCUAGAGAAUUUAGUCCUAGUGGCUUAGGUUCCAUCAACAAUAACAAUUCCAAGACUUCCAAAUUUUCUGAAAAUUAUUGUGAAGGGCGGGGAGAAACACUUGAUUUGACUGCAGCUGCUGGUUCUACUGAAUCACAAAGCUGUCAUAACAUUCAUCUUCAGCUGGAUUCUAGGCUGCAUUUUGAGGUGGAUGUCAAACUUUCUAGCAUGAAAUCUUGUUCUGCAGCAACUAAUGGAGGAAUAUCUGACUUUGGAGAAACAGUGAGUUUAGUCAUUGGAAACUCCGGCGAAGUUGCGAAGGAGAGUAAUAAUGAGCAGUUGAAAUCUUCAUCUCCUAACUAUCUUAAGGAUCAUCUAGUUUCUGCAGGUCAUAGUAAAUCCUUUCAAAGAAGUGGAUCACCAAAGGUUGAAAACAUUCCUCCAGUCAGUGAUAAAUCAUUAAAGGCUGAUGGUUCCUUACCUAAUGGUAAGAUUACUUCGAGGAAAGCUGCUCAACUAAUUUCACCAUCAUCUUCACUUUCAAGGCGUAGUCAAUCUGGACUUUCUAACCAUGGACAUGGAAAGUACGACUACAAGAUGCUUUUCCCUUAUGAUAACUUCAUCAGGCUUUACAACUCUGACAAGGUGGAGAUGCACCCUUGUGGGCUGGUAAACUGUGGAAAUAGUUGUUACGCAAAUGCAGUGCUCCAAUGCCUUGCAUUUACCCGUCCACUUGCUGCAUAUAUGCUUGAAGGGUUCCAUGCUAAGGCUUGUCCAAAGGUUGGUUGGUGCUUUACAUGCGAGCUUGAAACUCUUUUAAUUAAGGUAAAGCAAGGGAAGUCUCCGGUAUCCCCAAAUGGAAUAAUUUCUCAUAUACACGACAUUGGAGGCAAUUUUGGUCAUGGGAGGGAAGAAGAUGCCCACGAAUUUUUAAGAUAUUCGAUUGAUGCAUUGCAGUCUGCAUGUCUGAAGGAAGCUGGGGCAAGCAUUGUAGGCGAGUUAGCUGAAGAAACCACACUUAUACAAUUAAUAUUUGGUGGAUACCUCCGUUCUAAGAUAAAAUGCAUGAGGUGUCAGGGAAAAUCAGAGCAACGUGAGCGGAUGAUGGAUCUCACUAUUGAUAUACAUGGUGAUAUUGGGACCCUUGAAGAAGCUCUUGCACGUUUUACAGCUAGUGAAGUUCUGGAGGGAGAUAACAAGUACAAAUGUGGAAGAUGCCAAUCUUUUGAACGAGCUAAAAAGCAAUUGACAAUUUUGGAGGCCCCUAAUGUGCUUACAAUUGCUUUUAAGAGAUAUCAGUCUGGCAAGUAUGGUAAGCUGAAUAGGAUGGUUCGGUUCUCCGAGUACUUGAACUUGGCUCCUUAUAUGAGGGGUUCUGAUGACAACUCUCCAGUUUAUAGGCUGUAUGCUGUUGUGGUUCAUAGUGGUCAGGCGAAUGCAACUUUCUCGGGUCAUUAUGUGUGCUAUGUAAAGAAUACACAAGGAAAGUGGUUCAAAGCUGAUGAUAGUGUGGUAAAAGAAGUGGAUCUUCAGAAAGUCUUGUCCCAGGGUGCAUACCUGCUUCUCUAUGCCCGGUGCUCUCCUCGUGCCCCAAGCUUACUAAGAAAAGAAAUGGCGAAGAAGAUCAAAUCCAAGGAACUCAUAGAUGUUCCUAAUUCCACUACGAGAUCUAGCUCAAUGUUCUUCCACCCAGGAAACAAAACCAACCACAAUCACACUGGCCUUCAUGAUCUAUUCGAUGAAAGAUUCCGGCGCCCUCCUAAGGUGGAUUCGUCGAGCGACAUAUCGUCGCUUUUCAGCUACUCCGACGAGGGUUCUUCGUGGAGCACAGAGAGCACAAAGGACUCUGCCACCUCAGACGAUUUCGCCGACUCUUCAUUUAGUGAGCCGGGCUACAUGAACAGUCCUCGGAGAGUUUCGGUUUCAUCUGAUGCAAGUUCUUUGGAUUUAAAGGUGGACAGGGACGGUGGAAACGUUGGAGAAAGUGGGUCUGAGGGCAGAGAGAGCCCAUCCUUUUUGUAUUCCAUUAAGCACUACAGAAACUUAACAGAGCAGCUUAGCAGUAGAAGCAACACUGAUUGGGUUAACUCCAGUGAGAGAAAAUCCAAUGUAUUAUUUAGAAGAACCGGUGGGGAUAGGACAGCCCAAACAUUUUAUUAAUCUGUUUUGGGCAUUGUAAUAAGAGUAGUUGUAUUAAUUUUAUAUAGCUAGUUCAAAGUAGAAAUUACAGCCAUCUUUAUCGUUGCAUUUUCCCAA